AAAUCCUUAUUUCCUUACUAAUUAACAUCAACUCUUAAUUAUUAAUUAAUACCAACAUGCGCUCUAAGCAAACACAUCGGAAAAGAAAAACUAAUUAAGGAAUUAACUUAAACAAAAAGUUCAUUAAAGAGAGGAAUUUUAAUUCCAAUUUCUCGUUUCGCUAAAAAUAUACAAAUAGUGAGUAACUUUAAUUAGGUUUAGGGACUGGAGCCAAAUGAAAGUCUGUACUUAUCCUACAUGGUCUAGUUACCUACCUAGGUACCUAAUUUUUAAAGACGCAACAAUUAGGUUGGAAACCAUGUGUGUAAAUGACCGUUCAUGGAUGAUAAUCGGGUUAUUGUUAUUCAUGAUUGGUUACGCAAUAUCAUGUUACGGCGGCACUCCACCCAGCCCCGACACACCCACAACACCAAGUGUCAAGAACAAAACAACGGUAAAACAUUCAAAGAACCACACAAUAGAUGCAAACGUGGUAUUAGGCGGCUGGCCUGCCACCACCAAUCUCACGAAACAAUGGACUAGUUGGCUCGAUGACUAUAAACAGAAGAUAGCGGAUGAGAAGGCCGCUGAAGCCGCCAUGAAAGCGAAGAUGACGCAAGCGGAUAAGAUUAAACUAGAGAAGGAACGAGCGGAUUGGCCAGGCAAAUGGAAAGAUCUAGGUCCUGGCCACAGCGGUGAAGUUCCUCCACCCUGGGCGUACGCACCCAAAAACACCGGCCUACCUGACUUCUGCUAUCAAUGGCCUCAACGGGGCGACUGCGAAAAAAAUAUAAAAAGGUGGGGAUACAAUUCACAUGAGAAUCGGUGCGAUGAAUUCAUAUAUAGCGGCUGUGGAGAGAAUCAGAACAAUUUCAAAGACAAACUUAGUUGCGAGAAAGCUUGCAUGAUACCACCAGUUUCAGGGUGCGACACCGAGUCUCAGAUACUCAUGGACGAAGACUAUUAUAAUGUUUUAGAGCAAUAAACGGAAUAGUACAAUUUUGUCGGUUUUGGAAAUAACUUA